UGGGGAGAGCAACUGCAGCAGUGGACCCACCACUACCAUCAACAUCAAUGACCACGACUCUUUCACCUCUCAUCUCCCCCACCGCCACCCACCGCCACUGCCGCCAGCGCCGCCGCCGCCGCCGCCAACGCUGCUGCCUACAUGCCCGGUCGGUGAGCAGUAAGCAACCCACAGCGGCAAUACCAUUACUUACCUCCGCUACACUCCACUGUCGGCCGCGGGCCAGCACGCACUCCCUUGCUUACUCAGCUUCGACACUGUAACACUGUAUAAAUUAAGGUUAACAUUACCUUAUUCUAUAUGACCUAAGCAUCUACUUAAAAAAAGUGAUUAUUUACGUUUCGAGUGUAUUUUUAUAAAGUGGAUUAAACUGCACAUGCACAAAGUGAUAUCAAGUACACAUGCAUCAAAUGAUUUCAGUGAAUUCAUGGAGAGCUGGAAUUUAUUUUGAAAAAUUCUGUGCGUACGGGUAUUGAUUGAAUUUUGGAAAGAAGUGUUGUAAUGAUAAAUAGUUAUAUGAGUGUUGCGUGACGGUAAGUUAGACUCUUCUAAAGAUAAGAUAAGAUAUUAAAGAGUACAGUUGGCGUGCUGCAGAGAGCAGCAGAGGCAGUAAGAGUGUUGUGGGUGAGUGUGGAGGCUGUGGUGAGGGGACCCAGUUCCCACCAGGCGAAUGAGGACAUCCUAUGGCAGGAGUCUACAGCCAGCCUCACCCACCACCACCCUAAGCCCACCCCACUCUCUCCCUUCACCCUAUACAUAAAGCCUAUAGAUUCUCAUAGGCUGAGGUGAAGGAGAGAACCAAAGUGUUUGAAUCGUAAAAAAAAUAAAGAGAAUUAAAGCGGCAAAAAUUUUAAUAAAGUGCUUUCGUUUAAGUUUGUGUUGCAUUGAUUGAUACCAUUAAGAUAUAUAAUUAAAUACACAAAAGAGGUGAGUUGUUAAUUAACGAGAAGGAGAAGCUGCCGAGUAGCGCCUGAACCAUGAGAGAGUCUGCGGCUCCAAGCACUGGCGGGGCUCCCAGGAAGGUAUGUAUAGGCUUCCUUGGGUUUGUCGAUUCCCUCUUCUCCAUCUUGGUGUUCGCUCCUCUGGUGGUAGGUUACUGGCGCGGUUGCUGGCAGCUCAUGGAUCAGUUCCUGCUGCCAAAUAACAAACAGUUGUCGGUUGCCACCUCACUAGCAAUGGGAGUCAUUUCUGGACUACUGUUUUGCCUCCUACAACGGCAGCUUGAUGUUCUCUUCGAUCACUCCCGACGACCCAGUCUGCACCUACUUGCGUCGCGUCUCUACACGUGUGUAUAUUGCGUGUGCUGCGUCAAUCACUGGAGAGGAGUAUGGGCUGCCUGGGACCUAUACACAGGAAUCUCUUGGCAGUCAGGAGCAACUUCCUUCGGCAUAGGUCUCACGACACUGGCCCUCACCCGUGGCCUCAAAAAUAUCUUAGCCCCGCCAUUUAUCGUCGUCACAGACCAUCCAACAGGAUACUUCCAUGUGCCAACCCUCUUCAGCGCUCAGAAGGACCAAUGUGGGUACUUCCUGCUGGAUUCAGUGUUCACGGUGGUGGUGACGGGUUCUCUGGUGGUCUUCGUCUGGAGGGGCUCCUGGAUCUUCCUCGACGCCAAGCUCUUCCCAGAACAACCCGUCUACUCCGCUUGGGGCUCCAUGCCACGGCGUUCAUUCUUGGGGCAUCCUUGAAUGAUCCCAGCCACUCCGACUCCGCCACUCAAGAUGCCACACACAAAAUUUCUGAUUCACAUCAAACAGAGACGGUUUUGUAAAUCUGACAGAAGGAAUCUUAAAAUAGCAGAUAUUAUUUUCUUCAGAAUCAAUAGAUAUUACUUAUUUUUUCACUCACAAUUUUAUUUUCGAGAUGAAGAGAGAAAAAGUAUAUCACUGCAAAUGGGUUAAUGAGUAACCCUAAAUUUGCCAAAGCUGUAUAUAUUAUAUACAUACAUAUAUAUAGGCCUCUGAAAACUACCUGUAUUUAUAUUCUAGAAUAUAUUAUACUGUAUAAAUUCCAUUGUGUAUAGAUCUUGUCUAUUAGGCUGUCUUCAGUUUUUUUAAGGAUACAGUGAAGUGCCCUAGAAAACGAUUAGCUUUAAUUUAGUUCAUGACAAUGAUGUAGAGUUACAAUAGCAUGAAAAAAGUUGAACGACAAAUCAACUAUAUAGGUAAAGAGCAUUUUAAAGAAUAUAAUAGAAACCAUGGGGAUAGUGAUGGAAUAUGCAUGGGUAAUAUUCUGGGAGGGAAUGGAAAAUUAUAGCCAUGCAAUUUGAAUGUUUUCAAAUUUUUAUCAUGUCAUGUUAUAUUAAGUCCAAAUAUGAUAAGGCACAUUAAAAAAUUUAUUAGGGAAAAGCUCGUGCAAAGAAAAACAGUCAAAAUACGAACUCGCUGUAGCCAGAUGAAAAUAUCGUGAUACGUCAGCUUUACAAAAUACUGGAACAAUUGAAAUCUUCAGCACUUUCAAUACAACCAGUUUCUGAAAUUAAAGCAUUUUACUACAGUCAUUACCAACAUGCUACUAUCAUGAUUAAUUUCCAUUCAUAUUGCUGCAUUACUUCCAACUGAAUCACAACUUUAAAGUCAAUUAUCAUUAUUCCACAAACUAUAUACAGUAAGUUGUUUACAAUCUUUGCUUAUAAAUCAUGCUGCAUUUAGUUAUGGUAAGUGUGGCUGUCAUUAACGCCAUAAAUGAGAUGUUUCCUUAGUUAAAUGCAAUAUUGUGAGAGUUGGAUACCUCCCGGAGAAGAGAUUCCGUUUUGUUCAUUUGUACCAAGUGCUCAUAUCAGUACCAUCUCGAUAAGACAAGUCAGCACAGGAGGGAAAUGAUGUAAACAAUUCUUAUACCGAUGAUCACGUAACCUGAGAACCAUGACAACUACCGACUUAUGACCAUAUGAAGUACAUAUAGUGGAUCCGGUUUUUCAUGUUUUAGUGAAAAAAAAUUUCCUCGGAUCCAACCCGACGCAAUUUGCGUCUAAAACAAAAUCCAAACCUUCGGCAGAAUUGUUUCUUGAUGUCAAAAAAGUACAUAACUUUGAUAUUUAUCGAUGUGUUAAUCGUCCACUUACACAACGGUAUUUCUCCAUGUAUGUAUGAGGACGUCUUGUUCACUUACGGGACUACAAUAAAGAAAUUUUGCAGCCGUAGCCCAAUGAACCGCAGGGCAAAAGAGGGUGAAACAUUUUCAAAUAUUCUGUUCGUCAUGAUAAUGAAUAAAGCAUUAUUGGACCAAGACCGACAGUUUUAAAAGGCACUCUUCAACUUUCAUGAAAAAAUUUAAAAGCUUAUUAAAGGCUUAUCUUCCAUCGAUUAUACAAUGCUGUUGACUGCUGAAAGCAAAAGAAAACCGAAAAUUCGGUGGCAAUUCUUCUAUGACCACUUACAGCUGGUUCCGGAUGAAAUCUUGAUUAGUAGUGAAGGAUCAUUAAGUCGAAUUCAACCAAAGGUGGAGAAAAACUUUCUAACAUGAUCUAAAUAACACACUAUUCUGCAAUCAGAUUUUUUCAGUAUGGAACUAAAUUAAAAUAAAA